GUCUUUGUUGUAACUUAUUAUGAUUUUUCUGCAAAAAAGGGAAAGAAAAAAAUCUAAUUUGGAACACAGAGGCCUGGCAAACUUGAAGACUUUGAAAUUAGGUGAAAAAUUAACUAGUCGCGUGAAGUGAGUUACAGAGAUUUUGCCUCAGGCGACCAGCACAACAAAGCGCGAGACCGUCGCGAGCUGAAGAUUCCCGAAUCGAAAUGUGGUAAGAUAUCCAAGUGAAAGCGACAUUUACCCUUGAGUUACACGCUUUAAACAAGAGCAAGUGGCAAGUUCCUAUUUGUCCCGUCGCUUGGUGAUGGAGGGCUGAGGGGCUGGUGGCGUUAGUUUGUGUGCUGUUCUCAAGGCAACAGACUAAAGUUCAUGCAUUCACGUGAAGAUUCUGGGUUUGCAAUGGGAAUGCAAUUUUUAGAUGCUCAAGGUUGUAUUAAGUCAUUGUUUCCCCCGAGUGAACAAUAUCUGGCCUAUUCGUAGAAACUUCUUUAACUGGUCUGCUAAUCUCUCAUCCUGGAUUCUGAGAAAUGGCGAGGAUGGUUAAGCUGUGCAGAUGCUCAAGGUGCAGUAAGAGACAGUGAUAAAGAGCUAGGCAAUGGAGCGAAGCAGAGGUGGUAACACUGCAGGGGUUCUGGUGUGGACGCCAGCCCCGGCAUACUCCUUUACCUUAAGCCCAGACGAGUCGGACUUCAGCUGGGGUGAAGACCCAGAUGAGGACUUCCAAAGCUGUAUGGAUGAGAAUGGCAUCAUUGGUCUGGCAGAGUGUCAGAGGCAGCUGGAGGUGGAUCUGGGGGCAGACGAAGAAAUUGCGGAAGACCUGUUGUGGGACGUAAAAACCCCGGAGCCAGAGGAUGGCCCGCCGUCUGUACUGGAGGAAAUUAGCUAUCACCUGAGUGAGCUGCUAGAUUCAGAACCCCUCUCUCAGCCCACUGGAGAUGAUUCAUUUCUGCAGAAAGAACAGGGAGCAGAUGAUGACCAGAGUGUUGGAUUGGAAGACUGGACUGAUGAGGAAGAUGAUACAGGGAACCUAACUAUCCACAAGCAGGAAUUAAACACUUUCCCAGAGAGAGACAGAGCGUUAGACAUGACAGAUGAGGAGACGGAGGAAAAAAACAUAUGUGAAGAUGCUCAGAGACACAUGGACCAUUCAUUUUCCAACUGCAACAAUAUCCCGACAUUAGAAAUCACAGAACAUUCUGAACAAAGUGAUUGUGAAGAACUCAAGAAAAACAAAGGGAGUUUUCUCCCAGCUUCAUAUUUGUCCUGUAAAAACACUGUUAAUUCUUCCUUUUUUCCACAUUUGUCCUCAGAAAAGCUGAUGAACAGUUGUGGGAUAGAAGCGGAGACUUUUCCAGAGCUUGCCCUUCCUGACUGGAGGGCGGAGUCAUCUCUGAGCAGUCACCAAAGCCCCGCCCCUAAGAUAUAUCACACUGUUAGAUCUAAUGGAGAGGAGUUUAAACCCAUGGUCACACCUCAAACUUCUGCCAGAAGCCCUGUGUUGCACAGCCCCUCCCACAACUGCCAGCCUCCAGUGCCCUCUCCCAGAAAAACAAACCCUGGUUCCCGGGUGGAUUGUGAGGUUUCCAUUCUAGCACCACUGAAAGCGAGCAGUUCCCCCUCAGACUUCUCUCCAACACAUCACAGUUUUUCAGCACCAAAGAGGCAAAGAGCCUCAAAAACAUCACACACUGAUCCAGAAGACAUCAGGAAAGUUCAGCUGAGUCACCCCUUACCUGAUUUCUCCAAAGUGGAGCCGAGGGUUCGUUUCCCGAAGGGCGGAUACAAACCUCCCAAAAGUCGUAGUGCUGUUCAUGGCAAAACAUUACACCCUGAUCUUCCUGUAGUGUUGAAAUCCCCUGCUGAGAUUGUGAGAGAGGUCCUGUUAAGCAGCACUGAUGUGUCCCCAGGAAGUCCCUCCUCCAGUAGGAGCCACAAGCUUCCAAAGAGCACAUUGCCAGAGGAGUUCCGCUGCCCCCAACAGGCCAGUACACUGGUGCAGCAACUACAGGAGGACUAUAACAGGCUGUUAACCAAGUAUGCAGAAGCUGAAAAUACUAUUGACAGACUUCGCCUGGAAGCUAAGGUGGACCUCUACUCUGAUCCUCCCAAAGUCAGUACAGCUAUAAUGUCUGGUGUCAUUCAGGAGGGGUCAAAAGUCAUGACGCUCAGCUUUCCACAAGCACAGAGGGCAGAGUUUGAUAAAGGCUCUACUCAACUGACACAGCAUAACUCCGUUUCUUUCAUUGUAGAAAUAUCCAGAACACCUUCUUCUCGCCCCUCGUCUGUGGACUCUGUCUCUUCCAAGAGGCCUGGAUCUAUUACUGCAGACCAUCUCAUUGAGACUCUGACCAGACAGACUCACAGAUUUCAGAUACAGGUUGAUGGUUUUGGAGAGCUUCUGAAGACUGGCAAGCUAAAGCCAUGUGAACAAAUAAAGGGUCUCUCCACGCUGGCUGAGGGACAGGAGUCUCUGGAGAGGACUUACCUGGAUGCACGAGCCCAGUAUCAGAUGCUGAAGAAAUGCCAAGACGGGCCUGUGAGCUUUGACCCAGACAGGGAACUAGAGGGUCAGAUCUUCAGAUCGGGGAUGCAAUUGGAAGAGCUGAAGGAGUGGAUGGAGCAAUUUGUACAGAACCGAUCCACCUCAGAACCUCCUUUAACUCCGCCCCCACACACAGACGUGCUGUCUGUGUGUAUGCAGGAGGCUGAACUAUUAAUUGAGAGCCCACUGUCAGUUGUUCAUCAUCAGGCUUGUGUGGAAGUGAGUUCAGUGAGUGGAGAGAGUAAUAGAGAGGAUGAAGAAGAGAUGGUAAAAUCUCAUCUUCCUCUCGGUCUCCAUGACAAACACCAGUGUGUGGAGAAAGACUUCAGGAAUCUCGUGGAAAGUUGCCAGAGUUUUAAAGAGCUCCCCUGCCUGCUGGACAAAAACGUCACUUUAACAAGCCAUGACUCUCUGGAUUAUGGAGAUUCUCCUCCUCCCAGGAAUGAGAUUGCAGAUUAUAGAAAACGACACAGGGAACCAGCAGCAGAUUGUGUCCCUCCCUCUGGCCCAUCUGUCAGGCCACAGGUGUGUAAUUUUUUGGGAACUCGCCCAGAGGCUCUUUGCCGCCACUCACUGUUGCAUCCGGACAGAGAGAGAAAAACGGCAGGGAACAGGAGGGCUCGGAGCAGCAGCCUGACCAGCCUGGCAGAGAGUGCAGAGCCUGGAAAUAAGGGCUUGAAAGCAAAGGCCAAGAUUGUUAGAGCACCCCCCCUGGAUGGGGUCAUGUCUCUAGAAACAGACAGUGGGUUCAUGGGUUCUGAGAGCAGUCAGCUCACUUCUGCAGCUCAUAGUUCUCCCCAGAAGAGGACAGUAGUGAGUUCCAUCAAGCUAUCGGCUGCACACAAGAGCACAGUAAGGUCAGAGUCUACUCCACCCUCUGGGCAGUCUUUGUGGAUUUCCCCCUCUUGCUUGCAUCCCUCUCUGGAUCCUCCAGUACAACCCCUCAGGGCAUCUGGGGGACGCACAGAUUGUCAGGAGGAGAGGAAGGGAGGAAAGGUGUUCGGUUUCCACAAUUGCAACCUCUGUAUCCCCCUUCAUUGGCCUGAUUGCACUCAACAGCCCUGUGCGAGCAGCCUGACCAGCCAAUCAGAGCAUAGCAGUGACCAGGUCCAUUCUUUAUCUAGGGAGGAGAAAGCUCUGAAUAAUCACUACCCAAAUCCAGCCAAUCAGCAGCUCUGCUCUCACAGAAUCCCUUCCCUCCAUGUGCCCUAUCGCCACGAUGACCACCACAAAGCUCACAGCUUUGACCAACUAACAAAUCAGCAAGAGGCUCUUCAGUCUCUACAGCAGGAAGUGAACAAACUCAAAGAGAGACUAGAGGGAAGUAUGAGUCUCUCCAAACCUGCCAGUCCUGUAAGAGCACCCUCUUCUGCCACGGAGGAUAUAAACGGUCAUCCUCACCCUCAGACGUCCACACCUCAGAGGCAUAAUUUAAGGCAUUCAGAGAGAUCAGUGAUCGGCAGGCAGAGUGAGAGAGGGAGGAAUGGAGAGAAAAAAGAGAAGGAAAACUCACCAAUACCUGCCGUGAGACAGAGAUCAGCAUCUUUACCUCAGUAUCGAACUAAACCUGAUCGGACAACUGACUCCGAACAUGUCGAGUCUGAGCCAAGAACAUCAACAUUAAGACACAUACCAGUGUCACCAAUAAAAACACCAAGAGGAAGAAGACGAACCAGAGUAGGGUUUGGAUACCCCAUGGUGGACUGUACCAAGCAAAAGGCUAGCUCAUCGACGGGCAGAUCAGAGGAGAGUGAUGAAACUGAGUCAAGCCGAGGGCCAGAACCAGCCUGCCCACACUGUUUGUCAGAGCGCACAGUGAGGAGCAGAAGUUCUCCACAUCUCAACCAGUCUUACUGUAGCCAUUGUCCAUUGUGUGGUGUUUUACUGCCCAGUCAAACCAGAGCCAGUCAACCAGCAAACCAGGACCCAGUCUCCAUCCCCACAAGGAGUCAGCCAAUGAGAUCCCAGCAGAGGGACAGAGUAGGCAUGAACAUGGCAGUGGCUCCUCCACCUACAGUGCUGGGUGGUGUUCCUGUUGUCCCAUAUAUGCCAGUCUAUCCUUCAACUCUUUACGUCUCCAGCCCUCUAGCAACACAGGCCUACUCACAACCCUUUAACAUCUUAAUGAGUCCCUCCAGAGAUGAAAGGUCAUGGUUCAGAAGUCAUCGCAGACACACUCUCUCUAUGGACCAUAAACCGCAUUCUUUAAACAGCUCUCUGAAUCGCGCCAUCACUGCAGCCAGAAACAUGAGACAGGUCUCUCAUCAUAUGGCCCUCUCUCUGGCCUCAGGACUGCAGAACGAGAGCUUCCUCACCACGUCCUGCACCUACUGACACUUACAUUUAUACAUUUAGCAGAUGGUUUUAUCCAAAGCAACUUAGAAAUGAGAAUGAUUAAUAUGACAUAUCUUUCUGCUACAUGGUUGUGUCUCAUGACAAGAGAAGUUUGUGAAUUUGUAUUAGUUUACAUAUAAAGUGGUUUGACUGUGAUGGGCAGACGUGCACAGUCUCUAUUGUAAAAUGUGUCUCAGGUGACGUGCUACCUUACAGAUUGUAAACAUACAGAAAGUUUGUACAUACAGUGGCCCCAAAAGUGUGGACACUUAAAGGUAUAGUUCAGCCAAAAAUGAAAAUUCUCCCAUCAUUUACUCACCCUUAUGCUAUCCCAGAUAUGUAUGACUAUGUUUCAUCUGCUGAACUCAAAUGAAGAUUAUUAGAAGUCUCUAAGCUCUUUUUGUCUAAACAAUGCCAGUGAAUGAGUGAUUUUUGGAGCUUCAAAAUUUUGGCACCCAAUUCAACAUUAAAGUCAUCCAUACAACUCCAGUGGUUUAAUCAAUGUCUUCAGAAACAAUAUGAUAGGAGUGGGUGAAAAAUAAUUAAAUAUUCAAGUCCUUUUUUUUUACUAUAAAUUCUCCUCCCAACUUGGUCAUUAUCCACUUUAACUUUCACAUUCUACAUUUGCAUUUUUGGUGAUUCACAUUCUUCAUGCACAUCGCCCCCUACAGGGCAGGGUAAAGAAUUUCUAUCCAAAAAGGACUUGAAUAUUGAUCUGUUUCUCACCCACACCUAUCAUGUGACUUCCAAAGAUAUGGAAUAAAAUACUGGAGUCGUAUGGAUUACUUUUCUGAAGCCUUUAUGUACUUAUUUGAGCAUAGAAAUGUUGGCACAAAUGUUGCAUUGUAUGUACCUACAGAGCUGAAAUGUUCUAAAAAUUAUAAUUUGUGUUUUGCAGAAGAAAUAAGUCAUACAUAGCGUGAGGGUGAGUUAAAAUAAAAGAAAUUUGUAUUUUUAUUUUUGGGUGACUAUCCCUUUUAAGCCACAUUUAUUGGCUAUUUGCUGUUAUUAUCAUUAGUUAUAAGAUUACUUAUAAUAAUGUUGAUUGUUUUUAUUGUUUGUCUGAGGAUUUAAAGAAACUGUUAGGACAGGCAGCUUCAGGAAAGUGGCUCCAAGGUAAAUGUCGGAGUCUACAUUUUUUAACUUAAGAUUGUUAAUGUCAUUGUAAAAGAAAACGGUAGUAGUUUUGGGUAUUGAGUACGAUGAAUUUCAUGAUUUUUCUUGUUUUUUUGCAUUUAAUAUUUAUAG